AUGUAUUUAAAUCAUGAAGAUGCGCCUAAACUUCUGGGAUCACUGAUAAUUGAUUCAAAUGUAUCACUGUUUAAAAUAUUCCUAAUUGAUGAUUCAAUAACUUGCUAUACAAAUAUACCCGUUGAGCUUCAAAUGGAAAUAAUAGAUUUACAGCCACAAGAUUUCUUAAAAGACUCAUUCAAAGCAUUGCCUUUGCUUUAUUUCGCUGAACUUCCUGCAUCAUUUUCAAAAAUUAAAAAUUUAGCUGCGAAAUACUUUAGUAUGUUUGGAUCCACUUACGUGUGUGAACAGUCCUUUUCUCAUAUGAAAAAAAUUAAAAACUCAUACCGUUCACGCUUAACUGAUGAUCAUCUACACCAUGUACUUAGAGCCAGCACAAGUAAUUUCAAUGUGGAAAUUGAAAAAAUAAUAAACAAUAUUCAACAACAAAAAUCACAUUAA